AUGAUUCAAGUUGUUAUUUUCAAAGAUUAUCCCACACCAUUAUUAACCCCAAUUAGCAGCAUUCAAGAGAGAGAUAUUGAGGAUGAAAUCAUUGUUGAACACGAUGAAAGUUCGGAUGUUGUGCCAGCCGCAACUGCCUCCUCCUCGUAUCAGCCAGUCAUGGGGCACAAAAUGAAGGUCCAAUUAAUCAGAGGGGAAAAGGAAUUAAUGGACGCAUUGCUUCUGGAUGCAAAUGGAAUGGGAAAACUAGAUGGAAGAUCUAGAAUCUGGGUGGAGCAACUAAGAGGUAUUUCCCUUGAAGCUCAAUUUGUCCUUAACAAAUAUAAUGCCAAAUUGAAUCAUAAGCCAAUUCUCAUCUACAUUUGUAAGUACUGGAUUCGACAUGUUGUUAGUAAUAAGAUAGAUGGUAUCAGAAACAAAAUUGAAGAUGCUUCUAGGAGAAGAAGAGCGUAUGGUUUAGUGCAAAUUCAAAGCCGAGUCGUAUCUAAGAUUCAAAUAUUACGUGCACGGAUGCAACCGUAUCCCGCUUCCAAGGAAUCCAGUGUGGUUGGAUUUGAUGAUGACACACAAGUUCUGAUGACGGAGUUACUGUCGGAUGAGAAAUGCCGCUGCAUUACUUGGAUUGUUGGAGUCGGAGGCACAGGUAAGACAACACUAGCCAAUUUGAUAUUUGAAGACAACACUGUUGUAGCUCAUUUUCAGCGUCGCGUAUGGGUGUCACUGCCUUCAAAUGGUACGACAGACCAGUUUGUUGCAGAAAUUGGCAGGGAGACCGCCAAGAAAAUUACAGUAGAAGAAGAAAACAUGCCCACUGAUUAA